UUGAUGUUUUAAACACGCGUAUGAAAAAUUUUGACCAAUGUGCUUGGGAAUUUUUUUCUGCGUCUUCCAUUUUCUCACAAGUACGGUCAGAAAUAUUCUACCAGUAGCCGUGUUUGCAGCAUGGAAUCGUGUCAGUUACUGAAGUAAAAUAUGUAAAUUUAAAUAAGCAUUCACGGGAUUGGACAUUUUUAACGUUCCCAUUCGCAGCAUCAUCGUUCGAUCGACAUCCAGCUGUCACGCAACCAAUGAAAUUACGACGAAUUGCAUAUUUUUCUUAUAAAAAGACGUGAGAAUUGCGUGUUUUCAGCAUUCGGUGGACCAAGACCUUCAGGAAGAACCGGAAGUAGAACUAAACUAACAACCGAAGAUGUACAAGUUCCUAUUUACAUUCGUCAUUAUUGGAAUUAUUUUGUUAGAAAGUAGCGAAGGUCGAUAUAUGAAAGUCGUAGGACGUGAUCGAUCCGAUUUGAAAGGAAGAAACGCACUUGGUAUUUCAGUGAAAGAUGAGCAAGAUUUGAAAGGAAGAAACGCACUUGGUAUUUCAACGAAAGAUGAGCAAGAUUUGAAAGGAAGAAACGCACUUGGUAUUUCAAUGGAAGAUGAGCAAAGCAUAACCAAUAGUCGAAUUGUUGCUAAUUCACAAGAUGAUGACGAAAGAAAGAAAAUUGAAGAAAACUCCAUGACUGGAAUUAAAGGAGUUUGACUCCGAGGUGGACCGAUUAUCGGCGAUCUUCCGGUUUCACUUCUUUAAUAUCUGUUGGAUCGUCU